AUGCGCGGCCUGACUGUGUUCACAUCUCUCGUGGCUGCGGGAGCUGCCCUGCAGAGCAACCCGCACUCCCUCGCCAGAAAGGCGGGGCCGAUGGUUUCCACAGCCAACAAAGGCAUUUUCGAGGCUGAGGCCGAGUCGGCCAAAUUCCAAUUCCUGACCAAUUCAACGGAGAAAUUUUUCGUCAACGGCACCAACUUUCCUUCGGUCCCCUUUGAUAUCGGCGAAUCGUAUGCCGGGACUCUCUCCAACACACCACAUGGCAGCUCAAGCCUCUUCUUCUGGUUUUUCCCGUCAAUGAAUCCGGCGGCAAAAAAAGAGAUCACCAUUUGGCUGAAUGGUGGACCUGGGUGCAGUUCCCUUGACGGACUACUGCAGGAAAAUGGGCCUUUCCUCUGGCAAUCCGGCACAUACGAGCCAGUUCGCAACAUGUACUCAUGGAACAACCUUACCAACAUUGUCUAUAUUGACCAACCUGCUGGAACAGGCCUUUCCCCGGGACCAGCCACAGUCAAAAACGAACUCGAUGUAUCUAAACAGUUCAAUGACUUCUGGCGUCGGUUCAUCGAUACCUUUGCCAUGCAGGGCUACAAAGUGUACAUAACUGGAGAGAGUUAUGCUGGACAGUAUAUUCCAUACAUCGCAGAGGGGUUCCUUGACCAAAACGAUACCAAACAUUUUAACCUGAAAGGUAUCCAGAUUAAUGACCCAUCUAUUAAUGAUGACGCUAUCCUCAUCAAUGCCCCGGCUGUUGCAGCACUCAAUCACUUUUCGUCUGUCUUCAAUCUAAACAACACAUUUAUGAAGUACAUUAAUGCAAAAGACGAGAAGUGUGGUUUAACAAAAUUUCUCAACGAGGCGUUGACAUAUCCACCACCAAAGACCUUCCCGAUUGCACCUGAUAUUUCGAGUAACGAAUGUGCCCUCUGGAAUGAGAUCACAGCUGCGGCUGCACUCGUUAACCCGUGCUUCAACAUAUACCAUCUAACUGAUUUUUGCCCUUACCCCUGGGACGUCAUGGGCUUCCCAUCCCUUGCAGGUGGUCCGAAUGAUUACUUUAAUCGCUCUGACGUUCAAAAGGCGUUGCACGCACCACCGACAGACUAUUCAGUCUGCGUGAAUAGCGUUCUCCCAGAAGGUGAUACCUCUGUACCCAGCGCUCUGGGCCCGCUACCAAAGGUUAUCGAGGCUACCAAUAAUGUCAUAAUUGGCCAUGGGUGGUACGAUUACCUACUAUUUAUGAAUGGAACUCUGGCAACGAUCCAAAAUAUUACUUGGAAUGGUGUCCAGGGUUUCCAGAAACCGCCUAUUGAACCAUUACUCGUUCCCUACACCUCUGGUAUACUUUCUGACCCGAAUACCUGGGAUGGUGGCGCGGGUGUUCUGGGUACGGCCCAUACAGAGCGUGGCUUGACAUUCACCACCGUAUAUGGUUCGGGCCAUGAAAUUCCACAAUAUGUCCCUGGCGCAGCAUAUCGCCAGCUCGAGUUUCUGCUCGGACGCAUUCAUAGUCUUCACGAACCGGGUCCAUUCACGACGUUGCAGUAA